AUGCAAAAUAGUUCGCCACCUGUCGCACUCUAUAAUAAAAGUUUAACAGGAUAUUGGCGUGAAGUUUAUGAUGAAAUGAAAAAUCUUGGGUGGUGUGUUAGAUUUGUGGAAGCUACUCAAGGAACUCCUGGGGAUAUUACUUUUCCAAAGUCAAAUAUCACAUUCCUAUGCUUCAACAAUGAACAAGGGAGCUUUUGUAACUCUGAAAAUAAUAAUAACAAUUAUGUUAUAAAUUUAGCCAAUAGAAUCAAAAGAUCAAUUCAGCGACAUAAAAAAUCUAUUUUAUUACUUUAUAUCGAAAAUGAAAAUAUGCAAAUAUUAUAUACCUUACAAACAAAACUCUUAGAAAUUUGUGUCUCCAUCGAAAUUCUUCCAGUUCAUAAUUUAAAAGAAACAACAACUUUGUUGCGUGUAUUUUACGACGGGUUGCUUCCUGAAAAUAAACCACCAGUUGUUCAAAGUUUAGAAAAAGAACUGAGAAAAAAAAUUAAUGAUCCAACAAAUCUAACAACAACUAAUAAAUGGAUUAAUUUGGUUGCUCAAAUGUCGGUUGGAAUCAAGAAACUUCGAUUACAUGAUUGUUAUAUACUACAAGAAAAUUUUUCAUCCUUACAUAACAUGGCAACUUCUACUGAACCUCAAUUAUUGAAUUGUUCAUUGGACAAGGAAACCGCUCAAAUCAUAAAAGGAAUGGCUUUCCCACAAAUUCGUGAUUUCUUGAGCAAAUGUAAUCUCUUGGAGUAUUAUGAUAAAUUCAUUGAAGAAGGAUUUGAUCAAUUACAAUCGCUGCUUGACGUUACGGAAUCCGACUUGAUCGCCAUGGGUGCCAAACGAGGUCAUCGAAGGCGUUUACAACGGGAAAUUGCGACCCUUAAAGGAAUUCCUCCCAAUGUACCUUUUUACAUUCAACAUGGACAUGGUAUCGAACGUUUCACAGCAUUUAUAAUCAUUGCCAUCGCCUCAUCAACAACGGAACAACAACAAAAUGUGAUUUCUCGCAGCGAUAGUCAAAAAGAUUCAUCUUACCAAAAAAGAAAGUACAAACGUCAUCCCAAACGUGACCAAAAUGCGCCAGCCAAGCCGCAUUCUGCUUAUGUUCUGUUUUCACAAAAAGUUCGCUCGGAAUAUAAAAUAAAAGGAAAGAAUCUCCCUUUUCAAGAAAUGGCAAAGGUGGUUGGUGACCGUUGGAAAACAAUACCAACGCACGAAAAAGAAGAGUUAGAAGCUCAAGCUUCUGCGGAAAAAGAAAAAUAUCUGGUUUCAUUGUCUAGAUAUAAAAUUACCGAAAACUGGAAUAAAUAUCAAGUAUAUCUUAAGGAAUUUAAGGAGAAAUACGAAUCAAGUGCACACGAUUCCAAGGCUCGUAAAAGACAAAAAAUGCCAAAUUCGCACGAGUCCUCGAGCAAUCAAUCUUCCGGUGGAUAUCAUGCUGACAGUGGUAGUAGAGAGAUGAGCAGUGGUAGUAGCAAUUACAAUCAUCAUGUUUCCCGGCACUCAUCAACUGGCUCCAACUAUAUUCCUCCCUAUCGUCAUUUGAACCCUUCUUUACCUUUUUUUAAUACCAACAAUAAUAAUAGUAAUACAAACAGUACUGCACCAUUACGUGCUGAAGAUGAACAAACAUUCGCUGAUGAUAAUUCCUCAAGAAAAGGGAAAACAAGUGCUUGUGGAAGCGGCACCUCAUCAGAAAGUCCAAAUAAUGUAUCAAGUGGGAAUAGUGAUACUGAAGCAAGCACUAGCCAAACUUUUCUUUUGAAUAGUUCUCGACGAUAA